AUAAAUUCGUUUAAAUAAUAAAAAUUAAAAAAAAAAUGAAUGGAUCAAGUAUUGGAAAAAAUGAAUCAAAAUCAAAAAAGAAAUUUUCAAGAACUACAAAAGCUGGUCUCCAAUUUCCAGUUGGACGUAUUCAUCGUUUUCUUCGAAAAGGAAAUUAUUCAUCACGUAUUGGUACCAGUGCACCCGUCUACCUUGCUGCGACUAUUGAAUAUUUGAUAGCUGAAAUAGUUGAACUUGCUGGUAAUGCUGCUCAUGAUAACAAGAAAUCUAGAAUUAUUCCUCGUCAUUUACAAUUGGCCAUUCGUAAUGAUGAUGAAUUAAGUAAAUUAUUUGGUCACAUUACAAUUGCUCAAGGUGGUGUCUUGCCUAAUAUUCACAAAUGCUUAUUACCAAAGCAAACCAGAAAAAGUGAAAAAAAUGUUCCUCAACAUUCUGAAGUGAUUGAGGAAUUUGAAGAAUAG